CUCUCUCUCUCUCUCUCUCUCACGCUCACCCUCCCUUACUCACUCACUCACCCACUCCCUCUCUCUCCCUCUCCCUCCCAUCCACACACACACACACACACAAACCACUCUAGUAUAUCAGCAAGCGCCUAACGGAGAGGCAGAGGGGAGAGCAGAAAUGAAUGUGAAGAUCCUGACGCUGGUGAUCGUGCUGGUGGUAUCGCUGCUGUGCUCUGCCAGUGCUGGUCCAAUGGCCUCCACAGAGCACAGUAAGGGUCUGGAGGAAGUGGACACGGCACGGAACCCUGUCCCGCAGAACCCCGGCAGAGGUGGGAGGAGCCAAAGACCUAAUGGCAUUAGGAGGAGACGUCCUCGACCCCGCCUCUCCCACAAGGGGCCAAUGCCGUUCUAGAGCAAGGCACUGCUUCGAGCGCCCUCCCCCAGGUUCUGAUUUAAUGCUCUUCCUUUGCCUUGGGGGGCCUUGCUACGAGGGGCUUACGCUAGCCCCAAUCUGAAGAGUGAUGUCCAUAGCACCUGCUGGUUCUUCAAGCAACUCUUCUUCUGUCCACAUAAAAACCAGGACGAGCCACUCACCCUCAAGCUCAGCCAAGACCUGGGGGGCCAGGAUCAAGGGGGUGUGGGGGGGUGGGGGGUGCUGAGCCCGAGCUACCAGAUUACUCUAUCUGUCCUCUUCCUCUCUUUCCAUCGUUCUCUCUCUCCCUCUCUCUCUCUGCCCCACCUCCCCUUGUUUUUCUCUCAUUUGCUUUCUAGAGCCCUCCUCCAUUGAUGUCUCCCCCGCUGUGCAGCACACAGUUUGCAUGACGUGUGUGUACACCCACCCCCCCCCCCUCCCGCCUUUCGACCCACCAGGGGAGCCAGGUCCAAGACAGUCUUAGAAACGAAAGCCGUCAGUUUCAUCCUUAAGGUGUGGUUAGUCUCAUUCUCUCUGACCGAUUUAAGGUGACCACAUUCCUUUAUUCCACUGCUGUGAGGUUGCAUCUGGCUUAAGAGCAGGGGAGGGGUUGUUUAAUGAGAGAGAACCAGGACAGAGAACCAAAUGUAAUGGCAUUAUCCAAUGUUGAUGUAAUCCUGUUUUUUAAAUGAUUUCCGAGAUCCCAUAGAAGCCAGGUCAAUAGCAUGUACAGAUCUUUUAUUUUUUCCCACCUGUCUGUUGCAAUAUAUUUAUCACUAUAUAAGUUGUUUUGUUUUUUUAUUUUAUUUAACUACCAUUGCUGGUUGAAUUAGUUACCACUGUUAAGUACUCUUGUUUUUAUUUUAUUUUAUUUUAUCUCAUUUUACUUCUAUAAUCAAAUAUCAAGCAAACAGUGUAAACUGAGGGUUAAAGAGUUUCCAUUCUACCCAAAAUAUAGUGCAUAUACUACAGGCCACACUCGAACAUUCUGCUCCACAACAUAUCACACUUAACCACACAUCAAGGAAUCCUAAACUGAUUACAUGCUUAUGUGCUCACUGUUAAAACCCUCUGGGACGUCCGAGUGGUGAACUACAGGGUGUCUGACCGCCAUGUCCUCGUACGGGAUGGCGGCUGGGGGACAGUGUCCUGAGCCCUCGCCUCCUAAACCCACGUGCUGCAUUUCCGUGGCCGACUCUUACUCGACUGUUAACUGGCCGGGGUGGUCCGCUCCAGACCCUGAGGGUGACCCACUCCACCUUCAGAAGAAGUGCCAAAUAAUGAUCUACUCCACAAUGCUGCCAGGAGAGACAGACGCGAACACAUUACCUCUUAUUUCAAGUCUCAAAACACUGACUCACUCAUAAACCGUUCUCAUCCAAAACAAGCAUUUUAUUAGCGUCGUUUUGUUUUUGUUGUUGUUUAUUUGUUUGUUUAUCCAACAACUAGAUAAAAUGUUCCAAAAAAAAGGCAGGAAGCCUUCUGAAAGGAAUUAGACCAAAAACCAAAACCACAGUAUGCUUUUAAAGCAGCCAUCUUGCUUUAUCCCAGUUACACCACGUAAAGCCUACCACCAGUGCUCUAUGCCCACAGCUCGGUUUAACCCCCACCCCAUCCAUCAAGACUUUUAUCGACGUAAUCACUAUGCCUUUACAUCAUACUGGAAUUUGUUCUGUUUCUUUUUGUUUUCUUUUUUUUCUUUUAAUUUCCUCAGGGUGCUGUGAUACAAGCCUAUACUAGAAUCGUCUAUGCUCUGUGCAUUUAUUUAAGAAUCUCUUUCUCACACACACAAAUACACAUACACUUAAACACAAGCACACACAUGAAAAAAAUGUAUCUAAAUGUAUGUAUGCAUUAUAUAAAACUAUAUCUCCCUGCCUAUAUAUUUACCCACAACACUAUCGUCAUGUAUCCAGGUUUCAGUCCCACUUUGAAAGUGUUCAUGUGCCCCCCCCCCCCCCCCAUCACAGGGAGCUGUGGCCUUGCAGCUUGAGCCUCCUUUUAGUGCAGGUGGCCACGGCUUUGAUCGGCCCGCUCAUUAAGACCCUCGGGAUAAUCUAUCUCAGACGAGCCCCUGUCAAAGUCAGGAGUGUCUGAGGCCAGAACGGCAGACUGGCUCAGCUCGCGACCACAUCCCCCCCACCCUCAACUUUUACGCAACACCAUUAAAAACAACCCCCCCCCACACACACACACACACACACGGCAGACCCCCCCACCACCACAGAUGGCCGAGAGCGCGAGCCCCUGUCCGCAACUGGGAACUGGUAGCAGGGUCAGUGCAGUGUGCUCUUCUCCUUCCCAACCACUCUGUCCUUUCAAGCGUCCGAUGCUUGCUACAGUCUGAUGCCAAGAGCUGUCACGAGGCUUUACUGAGACUGUUACUCGCCGAUACCCUGUCUAUGAGUCACGUGCUCCAUCUGACCACAGAGUGGGCAGAGCUCAGCUUUUCUCGUUUUCCUUUGCUUUAGUCGCUAUAUCAUCAAAUACAGAUUUGCUGGCAUUUUUUUUUUCCACCUUCUGUAGAACUGGAGGUGACAGUUCUCUGGCGAACUGCUCUUCUUCUCAAGAGAGCGCCCCAAAGGUUAGGGCAAGGUAAGGCAACCGAGCCGCACUCACCCCGAUUAAAAAUGUAUUCAGAUCUGAGGGCACUGUGAUUCCCAAUCACGACAGUCACAGCAGAGCCCCCCCCCCCCCCCCCCCCCACCCCUCAGAAUAACUCCGUCUGUUCCCUCUGGAGGAGUUUUCCUGUUUUAUUAUUUCAGUCAAAACAAGGGGUGUGAAAACACAACAAUAAGAAACGGAAAAAAAAAUAGAGAGAACAAAAAAAGAAUCACCAUUUCCUCUUUCCUGUCUGGAGAGUCACCAUCCCGGUGCGGAGUGAUGCCUAUAUUCCACACCAUCGUCUCAUGAAUGUAUCUUUCAUCAACUGCACCAGCUGCGCAGCCCUUCCAGGGAGAAAAAGUCAAAUAAACCGCUGUCUCCAAGCCCCCCGUUUUACCAGAGCCACGACUCUACAAGCCCCCCACCCCAAUUCCCCCUCUUUCUUUCUCCCCCUAUUACCCAUCACCAUAGCUACACUCUGGUGAUGCUGGCUUUCUAUCAGAUUCCAGAAAAAGAAUCCACAGGCGAAUGAUCAGUGACAUCUAUCAAAAGAGAUAGGAAUCCAAAGCCUCCCUCUGUCUCGGCUCCCCUCUCCCGUCAGUCACCUGGCUUUGGUCCUCUCUGUACGGGCAUGCAAGGCUGCACUUUUUUGCAAUUCCAUUAUGCUGCUGGAAAAAUAAAUCCCGAAAAACAAGUCUCCUUGGCAUGUAAUGUUUUUCCAGUGUAUUGUGACAAUUAUUCCUUUUUGACUGAUUCUCGUCUAGCUGGUUGUCCAAAGCUUACUUUGAACAUGGAGAUACAGUGUGGGAAAGCUGUAUUGAUUUUUUUUUUUUUACAAAAAAUAUUAUUUAUUUUAUUUUUAUUUUUUUGUGGUUGUAACAGUAUAGAAAUUAGUCUGCUACACAGAAAAAAAAAAAUUGAUGUCAUAGAUAGGUCAAAGCUGUCUCAGACCUCUCUCUCUGUGCAGUGCCCCUGACGAUUCCCCUUAAGUAAGAGUGUAUCAGGUUAAAUGGGGCUUAGUUAGAUCAAACAGGAAAAAGGCGUCCACCCAGACUAACACUGAAGUGGCAAACCAGUCCAUUUCACUAGGAGAGAGUAAACCCAUUUCCUCUUAUGAUGGUGUUUGUUCUCGAGCGCUGCGUUCCUUUCUUUUCCAAGGCCUAAGAGGCCCGUGUGCACUUGUGUGCGCUGUGUACUCGGCAUGUCUCAUGCAUACAUGUCAGCUUUUUGUCCUCUCUCACACACACAAAAGACGUGCAUUUGGCUUGGGAAAUGCGAUGGGUCGAGAUGUAGGAGGUGCAAAGACAGGAGAUGUUGAGAAGACAGUAGAGGCAAGUGAGUAGGAAGCUAAGGAAGUAACCACAUAUGCACUGUGUCCAAGGGGCCACCUUCACCAACUGUUAUCGUUAUCAAGAAAAUGGUGUCUGGCAUGGGACUGCUCUGCUGCUGAUGAGCUCUUCACCUAGCUUUGUCUGAGGUGGUAGCUGAGGGAUUCGGUGACUGAAAUCCAAUCCCGCAGCAGACCGAUCCACCAACAGGCAAACUCGAUUAGCUCUCCCGCAAAAAAGCAGCGUUGUGCUCAGCGACGGCUCAUUACCCCACAAAACUAGAAAAGAAAAAAAAAAACAGACUUCAUACUUCAGACGACAAGGCUCUCCUCUCACACAUCUUACUAUGGCCAGUGUCUAGCAUCAGCUGGGCUACACAAACUGAAAGAAAAAAAAUGUCAGUAAUGUCAUGGCACAAGCUAAAACCUGGGAGUCUUUUAGAUCAUACAUAUCCAUAGUGCUUUUGGUGUCACCUUGGCCCUGGUGUUAUUAAAAAAAAAGAAUAAAAAAUAAAGAUAAAAAACUCCACACGCUGGCAUCAUAGACCAUUGACACUCUACUCCUGUUCUGUUCUUGGGCUCCCAGUCUUAGGAGAGCCCCAACAACACUCACACAGGCAACGCAGCCGUCCUCAUCAGUAUUAGUAGGUGACAAGCACAGUACCGUACAGACAGUGUAUAAGUCCUCUUCUAUCCAGUUAAAGGUGUGUGUGUGUGUGCUCAUGUUACUCGCCAGGCCAAAUGUACAGUACAGUCUGUCUGUUUUUGAUGUUGAACUGGGCAAAAAUAAAUGACAUAAAUUAAUGACAUUUAAAAACAAGUGUAUCAGAAAUUGAAAUACUGUGUACAUAUUUGAACUUUUGGUUUCUAAUUUAUAAAAGAUAAGCUUUAGCUCUUGGAGUACUUAUUUUAUUUUCAUUUUCAUGCGUAGCUUUGUGUUUUUAUUUUCUAUUUCUGUAAAGUGUGUAAAUAUAUCUUUAUGAUAAUAAGUAAUAUUAAAAAAUCUUAUUUUAA